AUGGCGAGCAGCUCUCCUUCGCUGGCAGCCGUGGCUGUGACGGCUGCAGGGGUUGUCGCUCUGUAUGGCCUUGUGCGCCUGACUCGUGCUAGUAUCUACGACGUCACUGUCGUCAAGCUGACGACUGGUUGGUACAUGGAGGUGCUGGGGCGGCUUCCGAAGGGCAGCAAGCUCCUAGACGUCGGAAUCGGCACAGGCCUCGCUCUGAUCAACAAUGGCGAUCUGCUCAAGGUCAAGGACAUCACAGUGGACGGUGUGGACUACGACGAAGACUACGUGGUGCGCUGCCGAGCACUGCUGAAGGAAUCGCAAUUGACGAGUCACGUCCAAGUGUACCACGCUUCCAUCUACGACUUUCAAGGGGGCCCCUAUGAUGCAGUCUACUUCAGCUCGUCGCUAAUGCUCAUGCCCGACGCAGUGAAGGCGCUCCAGCACUGCGUGAGUAUGGUAAAGCCUGGAACUGGAAAGGUCUAUGUGACGCAGACCAUUCAAACGAGACACUCAAAAAUAGUGGAGAUCGGCAAGCCGCUACUUAAAUUCCUCACGACCAUCGACUUCGGCACGGUCACGUAUGAGGAAGAUUUACUUAACACAUUUAAGAAGGCAGGCCUGACGCUGCAGGAGCAUGUGCCGAUCUCGGGGUCGACCAUGACGUCCACACGGUCGUUCCGACUAUUCGUGCUUGAACCGUGA